AUUACGUAAACUGUCAAGUAAAACUUCAACAAACAAGGAAAAAUCCCAAAGCAAGAUGAGAAUACGAUGAUUUCGUAAAUAAAUCAUCGAGAAAUCUAAAUACUACAUGGAUACAAGGUGUUUGUAAAGUUGUUCCCUCCUUCCGCUAAACCUUAGUUCUCUAGUGAGCGCUAAAGCAGUCCUUGUGCUCGAUGGUGUGUUCGUAGCUGUGAACCCAGUGAAAUCGUGCUGGCGCAACUGUAGUGGAUGGCACAAUAGUCGAAAAAAAGUUGGCUAAUAUCGUUCGAUAUUUAGAGGGGCACUUUGGUGCUGGUGCUGGUGCUGCUGCUGCUGCUGUUGCUCCACUGUGCGUGCUAUUUUUGUUCGCUGCCGAAAGCUCAGACGGCAGUUCCAGCUGACGGUGUACAAAGGACAACGAUAGCAGGGUACUAAAAAUCAUCCUUUUCGGUUCGGCGUUUGAAUCGGUGGUGUGCGGUGGGAUUGCUAGUAUGUCGGGUUCGUCGUCCACGAACAAGCCAGACCAACAGCAUCCAGAACGGGAAACUGAACAGCAGCAAGAACAACAACAGCAACAAUCGUCGCAGCAACAACAACAACCACCACCACCACAACAACAACAGCAGCAGCAAGAUGAAACACAACAGCAGGAGCAACACUGUUCCCAGCAGCAGCCGAAAUGGGUGUGUGAAUACUGUACGUACGAAAACUAUCCGUUGUCUCUCAAAUGCAUCAUGUGCACAGGCCCGAAACCGCUUCUUAAGGAGGAUAUAUUUCGUUUAAGCCCAACGCAACAGCUCAGCGCUACGAACCGAUCGAACCCAAAUCUAGCAAGCGGUGCCGCAACAAUCACAGAACAGCUCGAUUCCAGUCAGCGAUGGCCAUGCGCAGCAUGUACCUACCUGAACCUUCCCCACAGCAGGCGCUGUCUGCAGUGCGACACCCUGCGAAAGGAGGACCUGAAUGCGAUGCAGCAACCAGCGUCUCCUCCAAAAGUGAUAAGCGAGUACGAUAGCAUUAGCGAUCAGCUGAAUGCGAUGAACAUUUGCCGCAGUGCCAGCCCGGGAGAUGACGGCACCGUGUGCACGAGCGGUACUGCGGGAAAGCGCAACAAUCGUAACAAUUCACCGGCAUCGGGUGCAUCGUACGGGUCCAGCUCCCGGCUAGCGACGCACGACAGCGAACCGAUCGGAAAAGGCUGUGCGAGUGAUGUGAAACACUCACCCUCUCCCGUGUCCUCGUCGCCCGGCAAUACGAUGGGUCGUGCGGUGGCCAGCUCACCCGUCAACACCGGCAAAUGGUACUGCUCGCUUUGUACGUACGAAAACUGGCCGAAAUCGCUCAAGUGUUCGAUGUGUUUGCAUGCGCGUGAAACCGGCAGCAGUAAUACGGGCAGCAGAAGCAGUAAUCAGGCGGCGGCUAAAGCGUCCCCCGAGCAUGACGAGAACAGCGUCAGCAACGUGGCCAGUAACAUCAUGGUAAACAACAAGCGUAAUCAACAGUUUGUAGGACACGCGGACACGAUGAACAAUAUGGAUGCGUGCAAGCAGGAACGCUAUCUGCAGCUACUCCGACGGCAGCCAGACUGGGAUUGGUUGAAUGCGUGCGUCGGCAUAGCGGAAAACAAUAUCGGAGCGGUGGAAGCGUACCUGGAGUGUGGCGGUGAUCCGAGCCGAGCCCUUACCUCGGCCGAAGCGUUUCUGAUCAGUCGCAACAACUGUGCGUUCGAUGUGGGCCACACGCUGAUUCAUCUGGCGAUACGGUUUCAUCGGGACGAGAUGUUGCCACUGCUGUUGGCACAAAUUUCCGGCUCGGGUCCCGGUAUCAAGCGGGUGCCGGCGUACAUUGCACCGGAUCUUGCCAGCGACAUACGGCGCCAUUUUGCGCAAUCGCUCCGGAUACGGAAGUCGUCGUUCAACUGCCAGUUUGUGCAUGAGCAUGCCACCUUUUCGCUGCCGGCCGACAUCGAGGAGCUACCGCUGGUGCUGCAGGAGCAGCUGUACGAGGAGUUGCUGGAUAAGGACGCGCAAAAGCAGCUGGAAAUGGCACCACCGGCAUUGAACUGGUCGCUGGAAAUUACUGACCGGCUCGGUUCGCGGUUGAUGGUGCUGUGGAAUCGGAGCGCGGGCGACUGUUUGCUCGAUUCCGUCAUGCAGGCUACCUGGGGUGUGUUUGACCGUGAUAAUACUCUCCGUCGAGCGUUGGCCGAUAGUUUACACCAGUGCAGCCACAUAUUCUAUCCCCGCUGGAAAGAGAACGAACUGUUUCAGGCGGCUUUGCUCCAGUACACCGUCGGUGAGAUGCAGCUGGAGAAGGACUGGAACACGCUACUGUCCCUAGCUAGUCACCCAGGCUCAUCGCUCGAGCAGCUGCACAUCUUUGCCCUCGCCCACAUCAUGCGCCGACCGAUCAUCGUGUACGGCGUGAAGUACGUGAAAAGCUUUCGCGGUGAGGACAUCGGCUUUGCCCGGUUCGAGGGCGUCUAUCUGCCGCUGCUGUGGGAGCAAAGCUUCUGCAUUACGUCGCCGAUCGCGCUCGGCUACACCCGGGGACACUUUAGUGCGCUCGUGCCGACCGAACCGUACUCGCGGAUCGAUGCCACCCGGGACGACCGGGAAGACAUUACCUUUUUGCCUCUGAUGGACUGUGAGCUGAAGCUGCUGCCGAUACACUUUUUGACCAAAAACGAGAUUGGUCGCGAAGAGAUGCUGCUCCGCCAGUGGUUGGAAGUGUGCGAAACGGAGGGAGGACUGGUGGUCGCACAGCAGAAGCUUCACAAACGUCCACUAUUAGUCGCUCAGCUGCUUGAAGAAUGGCUUAAUCACUACCGUAGGAUAGCGAUCUCGAGGCUGUUUUAAAAUAGAAAUCGUUCUAAUGUGCUAGCGUCGUACAGUGUGGCGGAACCGUGCGUGUCCUGUACGACCGUAUGUGUACUGGCGCUAGUUUGGCAGGCUUUAAAAUUAAAACGCUUCCGAGCUAAUCUUUUCACGCCUAGUCCUGUUGCACGGGUCAUCUGCGAAAAAUGCUUAUCAUUCGUGAUUAUUAUCUUCGUGAUCUACGGUGAGUUGGUUGCUUUGUUUGAAUAGCUCUGUUUUGCUUUCCUUUCCUAUCAAAGCGAGCACGUUGGUCCGUGGCUUUUCGUCCCUGGGGCGGGAUUUGUUUCACUAUAACAUUGGCACAAGCGAUGUACACAAUUGGUGUACAGAUUGCUGUGAGUGUGGAAACAUUAAUCUAUAGCUGUGAAAAUGAGUAAAAGAAGAAAAAAACUAUGAAGCCGUUUAAAUGACCCUUAAGGGCUCAAACGAUAUCGUUUUACAAAAACAUAAAGCAGUUACAACACACCUUAAAGCAUCCGGUGCUUCACCAUUACUCUAUUCUUAUCAAAGCCGUAUCAAGAGAGUAUAUUUUUGUAUCGAUUUUUUCUCCACCCAAUAGUAAGUAUUCAUUCCUAUUGUGUGUGUGUGCGCGCACCAUGGCGUGGCUUCGUUUAAAAUAACCAGUGUUUAAUGCCCAUCGUGUCUCGGUACACGGUUAAAAUGGUAGGUUUUCUUUCAGCCGGAUUACACUACCUUCCUAAUAUCGUUCAACCAAUCUACUUACCCCGGUUUUUGAGGCACGCAAUGCGCCUUUGUUUUAACGCGAAUCAAUCGUAAUUAAUAUCUCAAAUCAAAAGCGUCAAGAAUCUGUUUGCCGUGAGUGUUAGGAAGAAGGGGUUCAGCAUAAAAGUCAAUUUUCCGGGUUAAACUCAAACCGGGCAAGAAAGCGGUUCAACAUUAGAAGAGCUUUAGAUAUUUCUGUUCUACCACACGAAAUCAUGAUGGCACGACACGAACGCGCAGGGAAUAAAGAAAAAAAGGUUAACCGUUGGUAAAGGAAAUGUUAAAAUUACACCAAGGCACCGGUCACAGCCAUCGUGACACCGUGGCAAGCGAGCGUGAGAAAAGCGUUAGUAAGGAAGUUGGCAUGAAUUACGAUAGAUAGAUGCAUUAAUGGGAAAUGGUAUGAAAUUCAACUACCAUCGUUAUUUUCCGUAUGUUCCGUGUGCGUGUGUCAAACACAGUAUAAUAUACAAGUAAUAGAUAAGGCAAAUGGGGGGGAAGUGCGCUCACGAACCGAACAAUAAUAUAAUGAAUUAUAUUCUAACAGUCAUGCGCAAACGGUGAGUAUAUAGCGUAUAGCGGAAGGCAUCAUUUUGCUUAGCAUUGAGUUACAAAA